CUCUGCUAAGACUUUCAAUCUCAUUCAUGGGUUCUGUUAUUAUGAGUGCUGGAGACGGCACCUAACUUCUCUGUCGAUCGCCGGUCUGGAGCGUCAGCCUCAUGAGUACCCAAGUCUGUCAAGUACUAGCCCCGGCCGUGUUCCUGCUGCUGGGAAUUACAGGAAUUCUACUGGUCGUCAUCCGGACUGACGACAUAAGGGAACCUCCGCAAUUCAUGUAUGGAGUAGUCUUGGAUGCGGGCUCAUCACACACUGCAGUGUACAUCUACAAGUGGCCGUCUGAUAAACAAAAUGGCACUGGCAUUGUCACUCAGCAUAGCGAGUGUCAUGUUAAAGGAGGAGGGAUAUCCAGUUAUGCAAGGGAGAAGGGGGGUGCAGGACGUAGCCUGGAGCCCUGUCUGGAACAGGUUUUGAAAGACAUCCCUAAAUCCAGACACCACCUCACCCCAGUGUAUCUGGGAGCCACAGCGGGAAUGAGGCUACUGAACAUAGCCAACCCCACUCAGUCAGAGGAGAUAUUGGAGGAAGUAGGCAACAAACUGCGCACCUAUCCUUUUGAUUUCAGAGGGGCAACAAUCUUGAGUGGACAGGAGGAGGGUGCAUAUGGCUGGGUCACUGUCAACUACCUGUUAGAGAACUUUAUCAAGUAUGGCUUUGUGGGGCGUUGGCUGAGUCCUGGCAGAGGCACAGUGGGUGCACUGGACUUUGGAGGCGCUUCCACUCAGAUUAGCUUUGAGACCUCAGACACAGUGGAGGACAAGAGUAAGGUCAUGGAGCUGCGUCUUUAUGGCCAAGACUACCGCCUUUACACGCAUAGCUUCCUGUGCUAUGGCCGGGACCAAGUCUUACUUAGACUGCUGGCUCACUUUAUCAAGACUCAAGGUGCUGGGCCCCAUGUAUCACACCCUUGCUAUCCAGCAGAUUUCAGUGUCUCUGUGAAACUGAACAAGGUAUUCGACUCCCCGUGCACGGCAGAACAAAGGCCUGUUCCCUACAGCCCCCAGGACUCCCUGACUGUGUUCGGAACUGGGAAUUACCAGCACUGCCUGGGCAACAUGUCCCAGAUCUUCUCCUUUGACAAGUGUUCAUUCUCCGAGUGUUCCUUUGAUGGAGUCUUUCAGCCCAAAGUCAGGGGCAACUUCAUGGCCUUUUCUGCCUUCUUCUACACUCAUGUUUUCCUUCAGCGCACAACUGGCAUAACUGUCACAACACCAAAUCUACUGGUUGAAGCCACCCAAUCUGUCUGCAACAUGAGCUUCAAGGAGAUGUUAGUGAAAGCCCCGGACCAGAAAGAUCGUCUACAGGAUUACUGUGCAGCAUCAGUCUUCAUCCAGGUCCUUAUGCUCAGGGGCUAUGGCUUCGAUGAACUCUCUUUCCCUCGCAUCUCUUUUACGAAAAAGGCAGGAGAUACUUCUAUUGGCUGGGCGCUGGGAUAUAUGCUAAGUCUGAGCAGUCUGUUGCCAGAAGAGAGAAUAGGACUGAGGAAGGCUCUGCGCCAUGAGUCCUGGACUGGUCUUAUCUUUCUUUUUGUCUUCCUCCUCCUAAUUGGGACUGGAUAUCUUCUUCAGAAGACCUACCAAAAGAAGAAGGGAUGUGAUAGUGUUAUCUAAGAAUGUCGCCAUUUUGUUCAUGUUUUCCCCAGUUAGAAUUAACUUACCAGUCUGAAUUAUGCACAUCAGUCCUAAAGAUUAAAUAAUUCCAAUGUUAUGUAUUUUAUGGGCUACAAUCAAAAAGCAUAUAUAUAUAGAUACUGGUUAAGGUUUGGUCUACAUUUUGCAUAUGUUUUGAUAAGGUUAUGUGAUUUGAUGGCACGCAAUUGUUACAAAUUGAGUCUUUAUCCCGUUUAGACUUGUGUUAACUCAGGAUUCUGUUCGUGUUUGUGCGCAUGUGUCUUUGCCAGCAUGCCAUGUAAUUAAAAAUAAACAAUCUUUACAGUUUUAGUCUUGUUGAUAAUCUGUCAUAUUGAAUUGCAAAAAAUUAACAAAAUAAUAAAAAUCCGUGAAAAUCAAA